AUGUCUGAUCCUCUCGAAUCUGACUCAAAAAGUUCCAGUGAACCAAGCCUGGAAGCUACUGUAAGCGAAGGGACUAAUUCAAAGUCCAAACCUAAGAAGAUCCAACUCACUUUUCAGGACUUCAAAAACAUCAAGUCGUCGACACAAUCACCAGAGGGGCUUCUUAAACAUGCAACUGAUAUGCUAGAGUCCAAUCGUAGAAGGUCGCGUCGCGUCGUUCCGAAGCGGCCAGUUGAUGAAGACGACGAAGAGACCUCUAGGGCAGCGCCAAAGAAGAAGAAAAAGCCCGCAGUUAAGAGUAAGGAACCAAACAUCAAUAGAGAGGCUGUGCGAGAACGCGUAAAAAAACAGCAACAAGCAAUUGAAAAUCCAGAAACUGCCAUUCUGGAGGAAAACUGGUCUCCCAAUGUGCCGCUCCCGUCGUCUGAUUUCAAAAACCACUAUAGUAUUGUUUCACGCUUUAGAUCCCCCAAUAUGAAAAGCGUACCUUAUGCAAAGGAUGUCAUUCAAAUUAUGACUUUCAUAAACAAAUUCAGCGGGUUCCUUCCUCGCGACCUGUGGUCCUUAUCGUUCCAAGAUUUCGAGCUGGGUCUAGACCUCUAUCCGGAAUCUGACAAAGAGACACCUCUUAAAUUGUACCAAGAUUUCAUGCCUAUUAAAGAUCUUGUCAAGUGUCAAGACGCUAUGAAUCUACUUUUUCUUUCAUUGAUGAAGCUAGCGCUGAACAACAAUACACCAACUUCUUCAAAAUCACUUUCUGAGGGGCCCAAGCCGUAUUCUAAAUUCUUAGGUCAGCUCCGAACAAAUGCCUGGGCGUGGGGCUACCCCAAAGAAUGGAAGUUUCAAGUGGGAGACGCACAUUCUAAGGUUUUCACUGAUGACGACACUGAGCCGGUCGACCCCAACAAUCAUGAGAUUCUCACUCCUAACCUUCCAACGUGGCCUCAGCAAUAUGCUAUUGAUUCUGAUCCACUACUUACACCGGAGUUAGAAAAGCUCGGAAUACUGGCACUUUCACCCAGUGACCGUAUAGUUUUGUUACGGAUCCUUGUUCAGUGGUGUCUAUCCCAGUCAGAUAAAAUACACACUGAGGUCUUCCGCCUUUCUCAUUUGAAAAGAGACGCACCUUAUGGCGUUCCAACGUACCAUGUGCCACGGAUAUUUCUAGAAGGUGAGAUACCCACCAAAGCUAAAUUCAAGAGGUUAUGCGAGCUUGUUCAGGCUCGAUUAGAGAUCAAAAGCACCAAAAAGCAUGUCAAAAAGCAAUUAGAGCAUGGAAAGAGGGCUGACCUUUCUCAAAAGCUUGCAUUAAUUAAAUCCAUCGAACAAAGUCGGGAGGAAGUGCACAGUAAUGGAGAAGGCGAGAUUGCUCCGCCCGUGGAUAUUUUCGAUCGCGAAUUUGAUAGCUGGAACGAAAUCAUCGACGGCGAAUUACCAGAUCACCCGAUGUCGUCACCUUAUGAAGAUGAGAUAUUCAAACUGAGAGACUUGGAAUUCUUCAUUGGCAGAGUGCCGCAUGUUGGCGAUUUCUAUAUUCCAAGGUUGCACACUUAUCAAGAGGCUAAAAAGCGACUGAUCCCAACUACAUAUACAGACCCACGGUCCCUAGCAAGAACGCUUGAUUCAUUUGCUAAUAACGAGGUAGAUACUUUGACUUUGUUCACUCAGAAUGGAAAGUUAAUGAGCACUCACUUUAAGGUGUUCUAUCACGACUCCCCUGCCAUGAUUCGCGAUGUUGCGUCUCAAUCUACAACACGUCCCAAAACCUACUGGUAUGAAAUGUGCCAUGAUUGCAAUACCUUACGCGAAUUCAUCACCUUGCUUGAUUACAAGUUAAACCUUUUAGAAUCACCUGGAAGCGAACCUGCAAAUAAGGGUCUAAUAAACAAGAAUCCUCUUCCUAAGGAGUCGAAGUUUAAUGCUUCGCGUGAAAAGCUUCGCUCGGUUAGGGAUUAUUUGACCAAGCUUCUACCUUUCCUAGCAGCAUUUGAAGAACUCGACGCGAAAUUCGAUGAAAUUGAAAGUAGCAAAAGGACAUUAAGAAGAUCCCAAAGGAACAGGGCAACAUAUAGCAAAGACGAUGACCUAGACGAUGCGUACUCGGAAGACGAGGCUUAUGUCGAGAAAGAAGGGGGAUCUGGUGACGAAUUAGGCCAAGAAUCAGAAUCCGACGCUUAUGCAGACGAAGACUUCCCGGAAGAGGACGAUGGCAACGACGACUUUACUGACGACGAGAAUGAUGAUGAAAGUUAUGAGCUACGGGGUGCCAAACCAAAGAUAGCGACAACGUCGAGAGGUAGAGGAAGAGGUAGAGGAAGAGGUAGAGGAAGAGGUAGAGGAAGGGGCAGAGGCAAAGGUGGAAGCACUCGAGGCGGAACCACGACCGAAGGAAGAGGUGGUGCUAGGGGUAGUGGAAGAGGAAGAGGAAGAGGAAGAGGUCGAGGCAGGGGCAGAGGUAGAGGUAGGGGCCGUGGAAGGGGACGUGGAGGAGAAUGA